ACAUGCUUAUGUAUGAUAGAGUCUAAAUGACAGGAGGAUUGUCCCAUGGUGCCUUUCUCAGUUAGCCUAAGCUCAAUGGAUGGGCAGUAUCUUUGCCGCCAAUUUUGAGUUGCAAGAGUAUCACGAUGACCUCAGUCAGGAACGAAGGGACCCUUCUCGCGAGUAAGGGGGGGAUGAAGCGUCGCUGGAAGGGCGCUUUAAAAAGCGAAGGAUGCAGAUUCUCCUACUUGACUCAUCCCUUUCCUCAUUCACCUUGCCAUUCCACUUGCCCCUUCCAGUCGACCCUUUGCGUACCGAAGAAGGCGUUUCGUCGCGGAUACAUGACCAUCCUAUAAAACGAACAAGAAGCCUAUCCAAUGCCUGGCAGUAUCCACUGCCGAGUGCAACUCUCGAGCAGUCAAUUACUCUCCCUUACCGUCAACAAGCUGUGCAAACCCAAGGGCCUCCCUCCCGCCGCACCAGUUCCCUUCACCGAGACCUCAGCAUUCACCUCCAGGGCGACGUUUUCGACCGCACCUCAACCAAGGACGUUCUUUCCACGGAAUCAUGCAGUCGAAAACAAGUCUCCGGCCUGCUUUCAUACCGCGACCAAGACCUAUGGACUCCUGACACCAGACUCAUGGACGCAUCGGUUCUCAUCAAUACAGCCCUGCGGCAAAGUUUCCUCCCUGGUAGCGACAGCGCGGUCAACUAAUACCACCACCGCCGCUAGCAGCAGCAGCAGCAGUAUGAUUAAUAAUCUUCCGCCAUGGACCAGGAAGCCAUUAUCCCAAGGACCUUUUACAUUACCCAAGAGCAUCAUCCGAUCACUGUCAACAAAACCCUCGAAACCACGGGCGCAACAACAGAGAGGAGAAAACGGUACUGGCAACGGCAACGGCAACGGCAACGGCAAUAAUGGGCGCAAGAUUUCGAUGGCGGAUUUUAAUGAUGGGACAGACCCGGCAGCGACGCUCCAAAAGUCCUUAGCGGCCGUCCCACACUAUGCGAUUAAGAAUGAGAUCAAGCUCAGGUGCACGGAAUUGGAUGCCAAGGGUAUCAUCAGGAUCACCGCGGGCGAGUUCAUGAAAUCGGAUUUAUGUCAACAGCAUGGACUGCAUGCCCGCGACCUGCGCAAGAUCGAUGGAGGAUUCAGCAACCAGAUGCCUGUAAUCUUGGUCCGACCUGAGGUUAUUCUCGUGAAUCUGGGACAUAUCCGGGCGUUGAUCAAGUCGGACUUGGUGAUUCUCUUUGAUUCCCCGGACACGAAGGAUCGGGUCGAGGACUCACCCUUUGUCAAGGACUUGCAGGAAAAACUGAAAAUGAGUAGUGUCGAAGCUGAGGGACAACCGUUCGAGUUCAGGGCAUUGGAAUCGAUUUUUCUUUCGGUGGUGGCAUCACUACAUGCGGAUAUGGAGAUCCUCGUGCACUUUGUCACCAAGCUACUGUCGGAGCUAGAAGAGGAGGUCAACCCAGAAAAGCUGAAGGAGCUCUUGCAGUACACCAAAAAGGUAUCCAAGUUUGAGUCCAGAAUACUCUUGAUCCGCGAUGUCUUUGAAGAGCUGCUGGACACAGACGAAGACCUGGCUGCCAUGUAUCUGACAGAAAAAAAGGAAGGCCACCCACGCGUGACAGAUUCACACGACGAGGUCGAGAUCCUUUUGGAGGCCUAUAUGAAGCAGGUCGAGGAGAUCGCGAACGUGGUCUCGAUCGUCAAGCACCAGAUGCAGUCGACUGAGGACUUUAUCGAUGUCAUGCAAGGCGCCAAGCGAAAUCAGUUGUUACUCUUCGAGCUCCGUGUCUCCAUGGGGACCCUGGGGAUCUCGUCCGGAGCGAUCAUCGCAGGGUUCUAUGGUAUGAACUUGCAUAAUUAUCUUGAGAACGAUCCCUAUGCGUUCGGGAUCGUCACCGCGGCUGCCUUGGGCAUCAGUUGGACCGUCUUCGCGGCGUGUGCACGAAAGCUGAAGAUAUUGGCCAGGGGGACAACUUGAGAAGAGCACGAUUAGAACGAAGUAAUGAAACAAUAGACACGGAAGAGCAGAAUGUGCAUAGUUACAGUACGCGUGUGGAGUGGCCUGCAUGCAAUGUCCACACGAAAUUUAUUGCCAGCUGAAAAAAAACAGUUCCUUUUAGUUAUCAUGAAGCUGGUCGUACCAAAUGUUGUUUUUGUCCAAAUUUUCGUGUUCUGUCAAUAUUUGUCUCCUCUGGCUCAUUGUACCUUGCCCUCUAACCACAUCACUCAGUAGAUCUAGCUCG